AUGCCAAAUGAUUCUGAAAAAAAAAGGAUAAUUGAUCGUAUUCAAGCAAUUACUUUUUAUAAAAAAAAUCCAUUAGAUUGUUUUACAGAUUUUUCUAAUCGUGGUAGACCAUCUAUAUUAACACAAGAUUCUAGAGAAAUUAUACAACAAAGUCUUCAAAAACAAAAUAAAAGUUGUAGAGAAUUAUCAAAAGAAAUUUUAAUUAAAAACAAUAUUUCAAUUAGUAAAGAUACAAUUAAUAGAUUUUUAAAAAAAAAUAACAAAGCAUCUAAAGUAGUUGAUAAUUCUUUGAACACACAAAUUAAUAAAGAAGAUAUACUAUUUUUAGCUAUGCAAGUAAAAAGUUUUAAUAAUAAUAAUUUUAUGCAAUUUGUAUUCUCUGAUGAAUUUUUUAUUUAUAUUUUAAAGGAAACCAAAAAUAAAAGUGAAAGAAUUUGUAUAAAUGAAAUUAAUGAUAUUGAUACUUCUAAGAAAUUAAAACUAGUACAGAAAAAUUCAAUAUGCAUUGGAAUUUUUUUAAUGUUUACUGGUAAGCGGUUGAUGUGGAUGAUAACUGAAAAUGAUCAAAAAUGGGAUGGAGACUUUUUUAGGAAUGUUAUUUUAUUAGAAAAUGUUAUACCAUUUUUAAAUAAUUCUAAUAAUGUUUUUAAUAAAAAUGAAAUAGUUUUUGUUCAUGACCGUUCUUCUUGGAUGAAAGCUAAUGCUACUCAAUAUUUUUUGAAAAAUCACAAUAUAAACUUUUGGGGUAAUGAUACAUGGCCAGAAGAUAGUCCUGAUUUAAAUCCAGCUAAAACAUUUAGAGAAAUACUUAAAAACAAAAUGGAAUUAUUAAUUAAUAAAGGGGAAAAAUUUUGUCAAAAUUCAAUUGAAGAUUUAAAGAUAAGGCUAAAAAAGGUACUAAAAGAACUUGAAUAUGAUCAAAUUUUAUUUCAAAAUCUUCUUCUUUCAAUGUCAGAACUUUUUAGACAAAUCCGAGAAAAUAAUGAUGGUAUAACUAUUUAA